CCCUCUCUUCUAUCAACUUUUCUUGGCGCGUCGUUUUUAAUUGGCGUCGUUUUUCCGGCUUUCCCCCAUUUUCCCCAGAAAUGCUGGAAAAUGGCCCAGUACGCACCGCAGCAGCCGCUGGCCACGCCCACCGCCCAGGAGUUUGGGUUCCCAUACACGCCGUACGCCAUCCAGGAGCAGCUGAUGCAGGAGCUCUUCCAGGUGCUGGAGAGGGGGCAGGUGGGCAUCUUCGAGAGUCCCACCGGCACGGGCAAGUCCCUGACCCUCACCUGUGGCUCGCUCACCUGGCUGGCGAGGCACGAGGAGCUGGUGCGGUCGGAAAUGCUGGCGAGGAUUCGCGGAGUGGAGCAGGAGCUGGCCAAACUGGAGAAGGAGGAUGAGCAGGCCAAGGAUUGGCUGGAGAGCCAGGGAAAGUCCAGGCUGCAGCGGGAGGAGCUGCGGAAGCUGCAGCACUUGCAGGAGCUGCUGGAGCAACAGGAGCAGCAGCUGGCGGAGUUAAGGCAGCGGGCUAAGGUCCAUAAAAAGCAGAGGAGGCAGCCACCCGCCAAGCAGGAGGACCUCGAGAAGGACCCGGAACCCAACUCCGACUCGGACUCGGAUGCAGAGCACCAAACCGCAGACGGACCCCAGGAGAGCGCCGAGGAUCGCUAUCGCCCAGUGCAGAUAUUCUUCUGCAGUCGCACCCACUCCCAAUUGACGCAGAUCGUGGCCGAACUCCGCAAGACCCCGCAUGGCCAGUCGGUGAGGUGCAUUUCACUCGGCUCCCGGCAGCAGCUGUGCGGGAAUCCCCAGGUGCGCGCCCUCAAGCAAGUGGGCCUGAUGAACGAGCGAUGCCUGGAGAUGGCCACCAAGAAGGCCCAGCCCAAUCCCAGCAAGAAGAGUCGCCUUGCCACAGGGGCCAACAGUAGGUGCCCCUUCAAGGCGGCUUCUCUGGUGGAAUCCCUGAGGGACUUGGCCCUGAGCGAGCCCCUGGACAUCGAGGAGCUGGCCAGCGAGGGAGCCGCCUGCGGUGCCUGCUCCUACUACGCCUCCAGGUCCGCCCUGGAGCAGGCCCAACUCAUCCUACUGCCCUACCAGCUGCUGCUCCAGAAGUCCGCCCGCAGCCAGCUGGGCAUCAAUCUCAGGGGCUCCAUCGUCAUAGUAGACGAGGCCCACAAUCUUCUGGACAGUUUGGCCCAGCUGCAUGGCGCCGAAAUCAACCGGCAGCAGUUGGAGCGGGCCAGAGUGGAGAUCUCUGGCUACAAGGAGCAGUUUCAAAAGCGCUUCAGCACCAAGAAUCUCUUGAAGAUCAACCAACUCAUCUUCAUAGUUCGCCGGCUGCUCAAAAUCCUCGAUCACGGUGGUCCCAACAACUCGAGGAUGCUGCGCACCUAUGAGCUGACCGCCGAGGGCGACUUCUUCAACAUCGACCUGUGUGAGCUCCUGGACUUCUGCGCUCGCACUCGUUUCGCCAGGAAGGUCCAGGGACAUGCGGCCAAGAUGCAGAGGGAGCCGCGGCCCAGCGAAAAUCAGCCGCCCAUGUCGUCGGCGAGGAGUCUGAUCCUCCAGCGAUUGGCCGGCGAGCAAAAGCAAAAGGAGCAGUCCAAGCAGGUCAAGAGGAAGCUGGAAGAAAUCGCGGACAAAGCAGAGGAGCCGCCAAAGAAGACAAUCGUGGAUGUAACUCCCUCACCCAUAAGACCACUGCUGGCGUUCCUGGAUACCCUCACCAGCAACGCAGAGGAUGGGCGGAUUUUACUAGAUCCUCAGGCUGGAACUCUGAAGUAUUUACUGCUCGAUCCUGCCGAGCAAUUUGCCGAUAUCGUUGGCGAAGCUAGAGCGAUUGUGGUUGCUGGUGGAACCAUGCAGCCCACUCAGGAGCUGAAGGAGCAGCUGUUUGCCAGCUGCCAGGACCGCCUGGUGGAGCGUUUCUACAGCCACGUGGUGCCCGAUGAUGCGGUCCUGCCCUUUGUGGUGUCCCAUGGUCCAAGGGGUGCUCCCUUGUGUUUUAAAUUCGCACAGAGGGCAAGUCCGGAAAUGCUCCAGGAGCUCUCAAUGGUCCUCCAAAACCUCUGCCAAGUGGUGCCAGGCGGAGUGGUUUGCUUUCUGCCGUCCUACGAGUACUUGGACAAGGUUUACCAACAUCUGCAGCAGUGCGGAACUCUUGAGAAUAUUGGCCGCAAGAAGACCGUUUUCCGGGAGGUCUCCGGAUCGGCGGAGCAGCUCCUGGAGAAGUAUGCGCUGGCCAUAAAGGCGUCCGGCUCAGGGGGCGCCCUGCUCCUGAGUGUCGUCGGGGGAAAGCUCUCCGAGGGCCUGAACUUUGCCGACGAUCUUGGCCGCGCUGUUCUGGUGGUGGGUCUGCCAUAUCCCAACCGCCAGUCGCCGGAGCUGCAGCAGCGAAUGCGGCACCUGGACGAGAGGCUGGGUCCCGGCUCCGGCAACGAGUUCUACGAGAAUCUGUGCAUCAAGGCGGUGAACCAGUGCAUUGGAAGGGCAGUGCGCCACAUCAGGGACUACGCCUGUGUGUAUCUGCUGGAUGAGCGCUUCGCGAACGCCCGUAUACGGGGAAAGCUCCCCGAGUGGAUUUCCCGCCACAUUGUGGAGGCGGGCACCGGAAGAGGAGGCUUUGGAGCAGUCCAGGCGCGAACUGCCAGGUUUUUCAAGAGCAGAUCCUGAAGAGAUAUUCUAAUUUUGCACUUAUUAAGUUAGACCUUUGAUAUUAUUACUUUGGUACAGAAAUUAUUGAAUCCUAAGAUUGGCUAAAAGUUAAUGAAUUUAUUAAGUUUCUAUUUUCUUAUUUACAAAAUGAAAAUGUUCCUUUUAAUUUUAAGAAUAACUUGAAAUAUUUAAUUUAAUUU